GCAGGGCCCGGCAGCCGGUUGGAAGGCAUCCAGCCUUGGGAGGCCGAGAGCAGUCGCCCCGGCAGCGGCCAGGAGCACGAACAACAGUCGGUGCAUGGCGUUUUGGAGAUACCGGAGUCCCGUUAACCGAGGGCGCCAUGCUGCGCCUGCGCGGGAUGAUGACGUCUCCAAACCAGCCAACAUGGUGGUGAAGAAACAACGUGGGAAAACGGCGUCGUCGUUAAAAGCGGCGGACAGUGAAAAACCGAUGGAGGAUUUCAGCUUAGCGCUUGAGUCCAGCGACGAUGAAGCGCCCGAAGAGGUGACCUUUGAAGACUCCAAGACUCAGGCUUUACGGAGCAUGAAACAGGCGCUGGACACGGCCAGAAGAGAGAAGGAGCUGCUGAAAGAGAAGAGAAGGAAGAGACAAGAGCUUUUCCAGGAACAGAAGAAAAGGAAACUCUUGCCGGCUGAAGUGUUGGAGGAAAUCGGUUCAGCUCCGUCAAAGAAGCAGAAACAGUCUGAAGAUGAAGCUGAAGAGGAGGAGGAGCAGCAGGAGGAAGAAGAAGGAGAGGAAAUGGAGGGAGAGGAUGAGAGGAAUAAGAAGAAAAAGAAGAGGAGUGGGAAAUCGGCACAUAAGCGAACUCUGAAGGGAAAGUACACGGUGACGACAGUGAAGGAGCGAGCGUCAGCGUCCUUCCAGCAGCAGAUGGCCGAGGAUUUCAUCCAGUCCAGACUGUACGGACCGGGAAGCUGUCGGACCACAAGUAACGAGCUGCUCUCCCUCCAGAACAAGAAAGGGACGACUAAAAGUGCAGCGGUGCAGUUUGUUAAGAAAGACUGGGCCUCUAAGGAAAAAGCUAAAGCAGAGAAGCUGAAGAAGAGGUGGAUCCACAAGCAGCAGGUUCCUUCCUGCUGAUUGGACGUCUCUGAAAGCCUCCAGCCGGGCCAGCGGACCUCCUCUGCACCAGCCUGAGCAGCAGCCGCUCACACUGACUUUAAAUGGACACCAAUCAGGGCCGAGCGUCAGAAACAUAAAAAGCUUCGGGCCGGGACACGCUUAAAUCGAACUGAAUCCUUCAUUUCAUCACAGAGAUUCAGGCAAAAGAUGGAAACGUUGAGGAGGGAAAUGUGCAUUUGAAGGCCACAGUAAAAAUCCUAAAACAGACGGACUGAAUUAAAGCUCUUUUCCACUUCAGGAACUGAACAACCUGUUAGCUGCGGUUUCUCAUAAUCUGACCUUUUUAUGAAGCUUGUAAGGUUCUUCCUCAUGUUUCCAGUGUCUACAUAGUGUUUCUGACGUACAUCAUUAAAAAGACGACAGCGGGAAGGACGGACUACAUCAUUUCUAUGCAAUGUUUGGUGGAUGAGUGACGUAAACAGUUGUGGGACAGACUAUAGGGGACGUGGAGCUGAUAUUGUUAUUGAUUCGUGAACAUGAAACACAACUUUUUUGGCCAACGGAGAAUCCAGAUCCCUGCUGACAAAAGUUUGUCAAGCUACUUUGUAGAUUUUCCAUUUGCUGCACUGCAUAUAUUUCGAUCUUUUAUGUUUCUCAGUCCCUCCACAAUUUUGUUGAGUUUUUUUUGUGAUUAUUGCGGCCAAAAACGCUUGAUUUUGCUGCGCCUUUUUUCAAAAAUUGCGCCACAGUUUGCAACGUUUUGUACACUUGGCAUUAAAAUUGCGAGCUACCAAUGAAGAGUCAUAUUUAAUCACUUCGUUUGCACUGUAAUUACACAAGUUACCAGAACACGAAAUGUGACAAUUGGUUGAAAUCACAAGCGAUCUGUUGAUUUGGUCAUUUCAUGUGAAAAAGACAAAAUUGCAAACUGUUGCAGAUUUCUUGAGUUUGCGCUAAUUAUCGUGCUCACAAAAUCACAAUUUCCUGGAGGGACUGGUUUCUAUUCAUUAAAAUGUUUCCCUGCCCAGUGCUGGAGUCUCUACUGCUGGCCCAUGAGACAACGUCACAAACUCCCCACCUGCUUAGAUUUUUAAUUUAUCCGACUUGCCAACAAAGUAAUUUCCCCGCCUUUUUAUUAUUCAGCCGACACCAAAAUGUCCUUCAAAGGCAUUAAGUAUUAAAGCCCAUUUCUGCCAAGAAAAGAAAUAAAAUACAUGAAAAAUGUUUGAAAAAGAUAUACUGACUCAAUAUUUUGAGGCUUAUUUUAGAAGUUAUAAUCUCAUAUUUAAUUCAUUUCGACUCAUUAGGUCAAAAAUGUCUUACCAUGAGCGUUUUUACUCUUCAUGCCUAAUUUCUCUUUAAUGCAUCUGCUCUGUGUCUCAUCUGCCAGCAGAAAGCUGCAGUUGUCCAGGAAUACAAUCUGAAGCAGCAACACUCCUCUGAACAUCCGAGAAGUACGAGAGAGGAGAGGGAAGAAGAAUUUGUUCUUGUCUCAAUGACAAGAAAAACAAAAUAUUUAAGAGGCCUGAAGGAAUUUGGGGUUUGAGACCCCUGGAUUAGUAUCAAAUCUUUAGAAAAAAUUAGUUGCAGGAACCCUUCCCUCAAAGCGGAUGAAGAACAGUGGAAACAAAAAAAAAAGCAUAAAACACAACAAUUGGUUCACAUUACAUCAUGUUUUGUUAAAAUUCCUGCAGUGGAAAAGAGCUGUUAGAAACCUGGCAGUUCAUUUGUUGUUGAAAUGUCUUUUUAAAAAGGAGAUUCAGACACACGGAGGGACUGGACUGUGUUCUCAAGCAGCAGAAUAUGUAAAUAUACUGUUAAAAUAAUGAGCUGAGAUCUGUAAAUCAGACAACCUGUUAUUUUUCUGUAAAAUUAUUAUUAAUAAAUGCUUGUUCUCA